UGGGCUGAGUUGAAUUGUGGGUGGGUCAUGAAGCCCGAACCGGUCAUUUGAUUUUGACUCUCUCUGUUCUCACUUCUCACAGCACAUCACAACACAAACACACGACGCAUGAAAGGGCUUGCGGUGUCAGUGCCGGUGUCAGGUUGCUGCUGAGAUUGUUGUGUUGUGAGGGAAGCUUACCAGAUCAUUGUUGAAAUCUCUGGGUGAUGGCAUGCUCAGAACCUGUAAGUGCAGAAGGGGAGACUAUGUCAGUGGAUGCUGUCCCUAGGAAGCCUCGGAUUCUACUUGCUGCUAGUGGGAGCGUUGCUGCUAUCAAAUUUGCAAAUCUUUGUCAUUGUUUCUCUGAAUGGGCAGAAGUAAGAGCAGUUGCCACAAGUUCAUCUUUGCAUUUUAUUGACAGGAAAUCAAUUCCUAAGGAUGUGAUUUUAUAUACGGAUGAGGAUGAAUGGUCUAGUUGGAAAAAACUAGGCGAUGGCGUGCUUCACAUUGAGCUUCGGAGAUGGGCUGAUAUAAUGGUCAUUGCUCCAUUAUCGGCAAACACUCUUGCCAAGAUUGCUCUAGGAUUGUGUGACAAUCUACUGACGUGUAUUGUGCGAGCCUGGGACUACAGCAAGCCGAUGUUUGUUGCACCAGCCAUGAACACUUUUAUGUGGAACAAUCCUUUUACAGAGCGGCAUCUCAUCUCCAUUGAGGAUCUCGGCGUUUCUCUUAUCCCACCUGUUACAAAGAGGUUAGCUUGUGGGGAUUAUGGCAAUGGUGCUAUGGCUGAACCUUCUACCAUUUAUUCAACUGUAAGACUCUUUUUUGAAUCAAAGGCUCAGCAGGGUAAUGGUGAUAUUUAACAAUGUUAACAAUCUUACAAGUAUGAAUUACAUACUCGGAGUUAUCUUGAACCCUUGAUCUUAUUUUGUUGCAUUAUAGUUUUUUGCAUUUGUUUUUCCCUUACAAUGUAGAGUCUGAUCGUAGGUGGUGUGUAUUACUAUGGAGGGAAUAUGUUGCUAUCUCCUUUAUGUCUCGUAGAGUGAUGCUUGUAUACCUCCUUAAUCAUAGUAUUAUGUGUGUAGCCUCUUGUACUUGCUUUGGAUAUGUACUCAUGGAGCAUCAUUGAAUAUGAAAUUUUAGCAAACACGAGUUUGUUUCCCUAUCUGUAAAAUGACCUCAAAAUACUCGAACAAAUUUUUAGUUUUCCUGUUAGUAUAAAUGUAGGUGCUACUUAGGUCAGUGUUGUGGAUCACAAUUUUUCAG